AUGAUGUCGGGAACAGAUGAUCAGGUGAUGUGGACAUUUGGAAACAGUGUGCAAGAAGCACUGAUCAAACAACUGCAAGAACAGCACUAUCAGCAAUACAUGGCUCAAAUAUAUGCACAGCAAGCUAAGGUAGUUGGCGCAUCUCCGGAUAGCGAGUUUACUUCAACAAAAAGUGUGGAUGGGCAAAAUAACACGCAGAGUAAAGUUUAUAGUGGAAAAAGUGGAAAUGGAAAUCAGAAUUCGGAUAUUUCUGAUGAAGAAGUCGGUGAAGAUUUACCUUCAAAUCCUGCAAUAGCACCAGCAUCAAUGUGGAAUCGUCAAGAUAUUAUGGAAUUCAAGACUGCUAUCCGGAAAGAAGGUAGUGAAAGCAUCAUUAAAGUUGGACAUGGUGAAACAGUAACGGUUCGUGUACCAACUCAUGAGGAGGGCAGUUGUUUGUUUUGGGAAUUUGCAACCGAUCAUUACGAUAUUGGUUUUGGUGUUUUUUUUGAAUGGACAAUUUCUCAAACAAAUCGUGUAUCAGUUCAUGUGUCGGAAUCGUCCGAUGAAGAGGCAGACGAAGAGUUUUUGCAAGUAGAGUUAAGGACCAAUGACGUAGAAAGCGGUAGUUCUGUAAGGGAAAAGGAAACGGAUCAGAACAAACCACAUGUCGAUGAAAUUGUCCCCAUUUAUCGACGUGAUUGUCAUGAAGAGGUAUACGCUGGUAGUCACGUAUAUCCAGGACGAGGUGUAUAUUUGUUGAAAUUUGACAAUUCGUAUUCUUUGUGGCGAUCUAAAACGUUGUAUUAUCGAGUGUAUUACAGCAGCUGA